AUGAAAGAAUAUCCUCCUGAUAAAUUGGAAAAAACUAGAGAAUCUCAGAAUACCCUAUUACUCAAGGAAUUUGAUCACUUAGAUUUAAAUUCAUUGACUGCGUCAGAAAUUCAGAGUAAUAUAGAUGAAAUAUGCAUGGAAGUAGACACUUUGGAGAGCAUACUAUUGUCAGAGAUUAAGGUUCAUGACGAUUUCUAUCCUACUGUGACAGUUCAGACCAACCUGGGGCCUUGAGAUCUCAUAGUUUAUAAAACAAUUACCCUUCAGAUCUUCCCAGAGGAAUCGAUUCCUACAAAGCUCACCAAAAUAAUGUCUGAGGAAUCAGAGUCUGAAGGAACAGAUGAUACAGAAAUUAAGGAAGAGAAGAAGGUGAAGGUGAAGAUCAGCAAUAUCACUAACCUUCCUUCCUUUACAGUAAAGGUGAUGCUCCCUGUUUCGUAUCCUUCUAGAACCCCACCAAUCAUCGAGUUGCCUGCAACAGAUUUGUUUAAGAAGUGGGAAUCAGUAAUUAUGCCUGAAUUCCAGAAAAUAUAUGACUCUGAAGGGUCUACAUGUGUCUAUGAGUGGUACAACUAUCUGCAUUGCGAAUUUGUAGCACACUUUAAGGAAAGAUUUAAUUUAGAUUCAUUAAGUCUGACUGUCACCUCUAAGAAAUCCUACGAAGAACUCCAAAGGAAGAGCAGAGACACACUGCAGUACCAGCUCGGUAGAAGAGCACAUUGUUGUAUGAUCUGCUUUAACCAUUUCUAUGGAAGCUCCCUCUUUGUCAUUGCUAAUUGAGAGCACUUCUUCUGUAAAGCAUGUCUGAAGUUUUACUGCGAGAACCUCAUUAGUCAAGGGAAAGUCAAUGAGAUAAAAUGCCCUGAGCUCAAAUGUGGCAAGACCAUUUCAGAUAGCGACCUCGAGCUUAUAGUCUCUGAUGAAUUUUAUAAGAAAAUAUUCAAGUUUAGAUUUGCUAAUGAAAUCGACCUAGCUGAGGACAAGACCUGGUGCCCUGAAGAAAACUGUGAUGGCGUUGCAAGGAUUGUUGGGGGUAAUUUAUUCGGCGAAUGCGCCAAAUGCUACUUCAGGUUCUGCCUCUCCUGCAAUCACUUCUAUCACUCUGGUAGGAGAUGCCCUGUACUAAGUCUUGGGAGGAACCAGUUUGCCAAGAUGACAAAGAAACAGCAAGAGGAAUUUUUAAAGGAAAAAUUAAAUGAUUUCUAUGUCUUAAAGCACUGUAAGAAUUGUCCAAAUUGCCAUGCCAGAAUCUCAAAGAUCUCUGGAUGUAACAAGAUGGUAUGCAGAGAAUGUGGAAUCUACUUCUGCUGGAAAUGUCUCUCUAUCAUUAAAGGAUAUGACCACUUCAAUUUAAACCCUGACUGUUGGGACUUCACAGAUACCGAUGUCGGAUAUCUAACAAAUAAAGAGGUAGAUGAAGUAAAAGAAACCAUUGAUGAUAGAGAUAUGGAGAACUCAGUUAAAUGUCCACAUUGUGAUAGAGUCGUAGAGAAGACCAAUUCUAGUAACUACUUAAGAUGCUCAGCUUGUUUUACACACCUCUGUUUCUACUGUGGUAAUAUGGCUGAGAAGGACCAUUAUGAGAAAUAUUCUUGCUUUAGCGUGACCAAUCUGGCUAAACACAGAACAGUAAACAUUAUUGCUGAAGAAAUAGGAUGGUAA